AUGUUGGCAACUAAUCAACUAUUCUCAGCGGUCAACUAUUCUCAGCGGUCUUCGAUACUGUUGACCACGAUUCCAAUUAUGACCACAAAAGUAGGGGAGAUUCAAACCCAUCAUGCUCAUUCAAAUAUUCAUAACUCGGCUCUCCAGGACAGGAGUAAAAGUACUGAAAGAGUACAAGACGGUGAAACAAGUAAAUCUGAUGGAGAAAGAGAAAAGGCCACAGUAGAAAAAGCAGACAAAGAAAACCACAAGAGCAAUACAGAUCAACCUGAGAAGAAAAAUAAGGAAGAGAAGGAAAAGAAGGAGGUAUUUGUCAUCGAUCCUUCAGGAAACUUAUACUAUAACUGGCUGUUUUGCAUCACAUUGCCUGUCAUGUACAAUUGGACAAUGAUCAUUGCUAGGGCUUGUUUUGAUGAACUUCAAAGUAACAAUUUACAAAUGUGGUUUAUUUUUGACUACGUAUCAGAUGUUAUUUAUGUUGCUGACAUGUUUGUAAGAACCAGGACAGGGUACCUGGAACAAGGUUUGUUGGUGAAAGAAGAUGUGAAACUUAAGAAAAGAUAUAAAGGAACAGUUCAAUUUAAAUUAGAUGUACUUUCCAUCCUACCAACUGAUCUACUUUAUUUCAAAUUAGGGUUGAACUACCCUGAAAUAAGAAUAAACAGGUUACUUAGAAUAUCUCGUUUGUUUGAAUUCUUCCAGCAAACAGAGACGAGAACAAGUUACCCAAAUAUCUUCAGGAUCUCGAAUCUUGUAAUGUACAUUAUAAUUAUUAUCCACUGGAAUGCAUGUAUCUAUUUCUCACUCUCUAAAGCCAUUGGCUUUGGUACAGACACAUGGGUCUAUCCCAAUAUUACCCAUCCUGAAUUUGGUCGACUUGCUAGAAAAUAUGUAUAUAGCCUCUACUGGUCAACACUGACUCUAACAACUAUUGGCGAAACACCUCCUCCUGUGAGAGAUGUAGAAUAUGUUUUUGUUGUUGUUGACUUCUUAGUUGGUGUGUUAAUUUUUGCUACAAUUGUUGGUAAUAUUGGUUCUAUGAUCUCUAACAUGAAUGCUGCUCGAGAAGAAUUUCAAGCAAGGAUUGACGCCAUCAAGCAGUACAUGCAAUUUCGGAACGUGAGCAAAGAUUUAGAAAAAAGAGUUAUCAAGUGGUUUGAUUAUUUGUGGACAAAUAAGAAGGCAGUGGAUGAAAGAAAAGUCCUGAAGUUUCUUCCAGAUAAAUUAAGAGCAGAAAUUGCCAUUAAUGUUCAUCUAGAAACGUUGAAGAAAGUCCGAAUCUUUGCAGAUUGUGAAGCUGGUCUGUUGGUUGAACUAGUUUUAAAACUACAGCCUCAGGUAUACAGUCCUGGAGAUUAUAUCUGCCGCAAAGGUGACAUUGGACGAGAAAUGUACAUUAUCAAAGAAGGCAAACUUGCCGUGGUAGCUGACGACGGAGUCACUCAGUUUGUCGUCCUAAGUGAUGGCAGUUACUUUGGUGAGAUUAGCAUUCUUAACAUUAAAGGCAGCAAAGCUGGAAAUCGGAGGACAGCCAACAUCAGAAGCAUUGGCUAUUCAGAUUUGUUUUGUCUAUAUAAAGAUGAUCUAAUGGAGGCUCUAACGGAAUAUCCAGAUGCCAAAGCAAUGCUGGAAGAGAAGGGAAAGCAAAUCCUUAUGAAAGAUGGAUUACUUGAUUUAGAGGUUGCAAGUGAAGGAAAAGAUCCUGAAGAUUUGGAGGAAAAAGUUAACCACAUAGAAAUAAUGUUAGAUAAUGUACAGACAAGAUUUGCCAGGCUUUUGGCUGAAUAUGAUGCUGCACAGAAGAAACUAAAAGCAAGGCUAACAGAAGUUGAGAACAUUGUGAAACCACCUAUACAUUUUGAGUUCUCAAAGUUAGAAGAAAUUGAAAUAGUUCCUGGUCAAUAAAGAAUUAAGAAAAUACAACAGA